CGAUAAACGCAGCGGCGCGCAGGUUUGGGAUGCGCGCUUGAGCUGGAAAAACACAUUUUCCCCCUGAAUGAGCUCAUCAAUCCUCAUUUCAGACGAAACCUCGUUUAUUAGGUUUAUUAGGUUCUAAUAAAGAGCCAUAUAUCCGAUCUUGAAGAUGCCGAGUAAUAAGCUUGAUAAACCAGAGAAGGUGGAGGUGAGUGAUAACGUGAAGGUGGUGGUGAGAUGUCGACCCCUCAACGAGAAAGAGAGGAUGACGGGACACAAGCAGGCCGUCGCCGUGGACGAGAUCCGGGGAACGAUUACUGUGAACAAACUUGAUAUGAGCAGUGAUCCGCCAAAGACGUUCACCUUCGACACAGUGUUCGGUCCAGACAGCAAACAGCUGGAUGUGUAUAAUUUAACAGCUCGACCCAUUAUUGACUCGGUAUUAGAGGGCUACAAUGGAACCAUAUUUGCAUACGGACAGACGGGCACGGGGAAGACGUUCACUAUGGAGGGCGUCAGGGCAGUGCCUGAGCUCCGAGGAAUCAUCCCAAAUUCAUUCGCUCAUGUUUUUGGCCACAUUGCAAAAGCUGAAGGAGACACCAGGUUUCUGGUGAGAGUUUCGUAUUUGGAAAUCUACAAUGAGGAGGUGAGAGACCUGUUGGGAAAGGACCAGAUGCAGAGGCUGGAGGUCAAGGAGAGACCUGAUGUAGGAGUUUACAUCAAGGAUCUUUCAGGAUAUGUGGUAAACAAUGCUGAUGAUAUGGACCGGAUUAUGACCCUCGGACACAAAAACCGUUCUGUGGGUGCGACUAAUAUGAACGAGCACAGCUCUCGUUCCCAUGCUAUCUUCACCAUAACUAUCGAGUGCAGUGAGAAGGGUGUAGAUGGAAAUCAACAUGUGCGCAUGGGAAAGCUACACUUGGUGGAUCUUGCGGGCUCUGAAAGACAAGGAAAAACAGGAGCCACUGGUCAGCGUCUUAAAGAGGCUACAAAAAUCAACCUGUCCCUGUCCACGCUGGGAAAUGUUAUCUCUGCACUAGUGGAUGGGAAAAGCACCCACGUGCCCUACAGGAACUCAAAACUCACCCGACUCUUACAGGACUCUCUAGGAGGAAACUCAAAGACCAUGAUGUGUGCAAACAUUGGCCCGGCAGAUUACAAUUACGAUGAAACCAUCAGUACGCUCCGUUAUGCCAACCGUGCCAAAAACAUCAAGAACAAGGCCAGGAUUAAUGAGGACCCCAAGGACGCACUUCUGCGCCAGUUUCAGAAGGAAAUUGAAGAUCUCAAGAGAAAACUGGAGGAAGGUGAGGAGAUCUCUGGCUCUGAUGGCAGUGGAUCAGAUGACAUGGAUGAAGGAGAACAUGAAGGAGGCGAGACGCGCAGGAAACGAAGAGGGAGGAAGAAGGUGUCUCCUGACAAGAUGGUGGAGAUGCAAGCUAAGAUCGAUGAGGAACGGAAAGCACUGGAGGCUAAACUAGACAUGGAGGAGGAAGAGAGGAACAAAGCGCGUGCAGAGCUUGAGAAGAGAGAGAAGGACCUUCUCAAAGCCCAACAAGAACAUCACUUAUUGCUCGAGAAGCUGUCUGCUCUGGAGAAGAGGGUUAUUGUUGGUGGAGUUGAUUUACUGGCUAAAGCUGAGGAGCAGGAGAAGCUUCUAGAAGAAUCCAACAAUGAACUGGAGGAGAGGAGGAAGAGGGCCGAGCAGCUCCGGAGAGAACUAGAAGAAAAGGAGCAAGAGCGCUUGGACAUCGAGGAGAAAUACACCAGUUUACAGGAAGAAGCUCAAGGCAAGACCAAGAAACUGAAGAAAGUCUGGACGAUGUUGAUGGCAGCAAAAUCUGAGAUGGCUGAUCUGCAGCAAGAGCAUCACCGAGAGAUCGAAGGUCUGCUGGAAAACAUCCGGCAGCUGAGCAGAGAGCUGCGGCUACAGAUGCUCAUCAUUGAUAACUUUAUUCCUCAGGAAUAUCAGGAGAUGAUUGAGAACUAUGUGCACUGGAACGAGGACAUUGGAGAAUGGCAGCUGAAAUGUGUGGCCUACACAGGGAACAACAUGAGAAAACAGACACCUGUGCCAGACAAGAAAGAAAAAGAUCCAUUUGAAGUGGACCUGUCCCAUGUUUAUCUGGCCUACACUGAGGAGAGCAUGAGACAGUCCCUAAUGAAACUAGAAAGGCCUCGGACAUCAAAGAGUGCGAAGUCCAGGCCUAAAACUGCUCGUAGGUGAGGAAACGUUCCUCCAAACAAGAAGCUGCGAUGGAAUCCUUGCUGCAGUGAGCCUUUUGUGAAAUGAAGACCACCAUAUUUUGUGCAUUUUCAAGGCCAGUCCAGUAUAUGUCUUAGGAAAUACUGUUACUUGUGAUGUUAAGGCAUUUUGACAUAAGUGUCGAUGAAAGUAAAUCAUGUGUUAAUAUGCAGGAACUCCAGAGCUGCUCCAACACUGGGUUUAGGUGAGGAUAGUUUGCUGUAAAAUGUCUGUUAACAAUAACACUCCAAAAGGCACAUUUCCCCUUUAACACAAACACUGUUACUGUAUAUUCUGCUUGACACUGAUGGCUUUGCUUGCUUGAAACAAGCAGGUUAUUGAUGCAACACGUGAGAUGAGCUUGACGUGGCAAUAUGCUAUUGAGAAACGAAUCUAAUCUUAAUGUUUUACACGGUUGGCAGCGUGCAAUUGCUUUAGCUCAAUGUACACAAGCUAUGCUACUUAAUUUGUUUUAUAAUGUGAAUGUGAAUGUGCAUGCCAUGUUCCCCUGGCUGUGGUGCCAUUUUACUCUAAUUGCAAUGUAUUUCCACUGUGCAUUGUAGUAGUAAAACCAUUAUUCUUAUGUAUAAAAAUGUUUACAUUUUACUGUUUUUUUUUUCCUGUACUCUUUAAAUUAUUAAAUUAUUUUACAAGGAAAAAACCAAAAA